AUGGAGCCUCUCAUAUCAUCUGUUCAGCAGCUAGCUGAACAGGCAGAUGAGGCACAGCGCAAGAAGCUCAUCGAUACACUCAACGGCUUAGCCUUAUCCAUUGAAAGCCCACAAGACAUGAUGCAACGGUUACUCUAUCUGCACGUUUACAUUUCUGUUGCAAGAGUUGCCUGCGACCUUCAAAUAUUCAACCACGUGGUCGACAGCCCGGUACCCAUUGCCGCCAGCGACAUUGCGGCACGCACGGGCGCUGCUCCCAACUUAGUUGCCCGCAUACUACGCUAUUUGGCGUCUGUAGGGGCUUUGACCGAGACGCAGGAGGACACUUACACGGCCAACAAGACAACCAAGACCCUGGCCAACCCCGCUUGGCAAGGCGCCAUUUACCACAACUUUGAUUUCGCAUGGCCUUGUUUCCUCGCUCUCCCUGAGUUCCUCAAGGAGACGGGCUACAAGGAUAUUAACGACCCGACCCACUGCCCGUUUAACAAAGGCCACAACUCGGACAAGUCUGCAUUUGAGUGGCUGCCGCAGCAGCCCAGCUUGUUCCCCAAAUUUAACCAGUACAUGACCAUACAGCGUGAUGGUAUGCCCAAGUGGCUGGAUAAAUUCCCUUACAUUAACUAUGCAACGGGGGUGGCAAACGACCGCCCAGUCUUUGUAGAUAUUGGUGGAGGCGUUGGCCAUCAAAGUGCACUUUUACGUGAAGCGCUCCCCGACAGCAUUACCAACCCCAUUAUCGUGCAAGAUUUGGAGGCUGUGGUAGCGCAGGCACCCCCAGAUACAGGAGUUCAGCACAUGGCACACGACUUUUGGCAACCGCAGCCUAUAAAGGGCGCCCGCAUGUACUAUAUGAGGAAUAUUAUGCACGACUGGCCGGACGACAAGGCUGCGAUAAUCCUUCGCCACACCAGAGACGCCAUGGGUCCUGACUCGGUCCUUCUCAUUGACGAAAUGGUCGUACCAAAGACAGGGGCUCACUGGCAAGCCACGCAGCUCGACAUGAUGAUGAUGUCUGUUCUUGGUGCUUGCGAACGAUCCCAGUCACAAUGGGAAACUCUCAUGGCGUCGGCGGGACUCAAGAUCAAACAGUUCCACCAGUACACCAAAAGCUUAAAUGACUGCAUCAUCGAAUGCGAACUCUUGUAG